AUGGUGCGGCGCCAGGCGGGGUCAGCAGCGGCAGCGACCGGGCGCGCCUUUGUCGUUUGUGAUGAGGCAGCCGCAGCGCGGCUGUUGGCAAACCUGUACAAUGGCAACGUGUACCUGUGGAACUACAACGACUCGACCCUGGUCAAGUCUUUCGAGGUCACGGAGCUGCCAGUGCGCACCGCCAAGUUUGUGCCGCGCAAGCAGUGGAUUGUGGUCGGGGCGGAUGACAUGAUGGUGCGCGUCUACAACUACAAUACCAUGGACAAGUACCAAGAAGGAGUGUGCGGUCGCGGCAGUGGUUUCAGUGGUCGGCAGCCGAGGCAGCUGCAGGAGGCGGGUGUGAUGCAAUGGGAGGCCGGCCUGGACGCCGCGGCGGUCCGCACGUUCGAGGCACACACCGACUACAUCCGCUCCAUUGCUGUGCACCCCAGCCUGCCCUACCUGCUGACGUCAUCCGACGACAUGCUCAUCAAGCUGUGGGACUGGGACAAGGCCUGGGCCUGCGUGCAGGUGUUUGAGGGCCACUCGCACUACGUGAUGCAGGUGGUGUUCAACCCCAAGGACACCAACACCUUUGCUUCGGCCUCCCUGGACCGCACGAUCAAGGUGUGGAGCCUGGGGCAGCCGACCCCGAACUUCACGCUGGAGGGCCACGAGAAGGGCGUAAACUGCGUGGACUACUUCACGGGGGGUGACAGGCCUUUCCUGGUGUCUGGCGCCGACGACAAGCUCGCCAAGCUCUCGUCGGCCUAG